AUGAGCAGCAAGUUCGUCCGCUCGUACAAGGAGAAGGAGGCGCUCAACCAGUACUGGUACUCGCCAGCGACGAUCGAGGUCCUCGCGGCCGACAUUGUGGCGCAGCGCCCGGCGGCCGUCGCCUUCCUCUCGACGCCGUCGCUCUACUACGCCGUCGAGGAGCUGCGCCCGGCGAGCGAGCUCGCGCUCUUUGACUACGACGACGCCCUUCCGCGCGUGCUCCAUUAUGACUAUAACGCGCCGACGACGUUCACCAAGGAUGGCCUCCAAGGCCAUUUUGACAUGGUCGUGAUCGACCCGCCCUUCAUCACCGAGCACGUGUGGACCAAGUACGCCGAGACAGCGACGCAUCUCCUCGCGCCAGGCGGCAAGAUCCUUCUCACGACCAUCGCGGAGAAUGAAGCCAUGAUCCAGCGCCUCUUGGGUUGCCGCCUCCGCCGGUUUCGACCGAGCAUCCCCCACCUCGUGUACCAGUACGGUCUCUACAGCAAUUACGAGUCAUCGGCGCUCGAUGCGCCUAAUCCCGAGGUCCCCGACGAUGAUUAA